CCUUCAUCUUCCGACAAAACCUUCUCAUCUUCUUUCAGUUUACACAGAGCUUCUCAAAAUCCUUUUCAGCUUCCAUUUUCAACGAUCUAAAGAAAGAAGUUUAGUAGAUCAUGAAUUAUCUAAACAAGGUCUGGAUGGCAGCAUCUUUCGUGGCUGUUCAAGGAAACCCCGAUCACGGCGUCAAGCUGAAAACCAGCCUCAGCUCCGCCCACCGUCUUCAACGCCGUCUUUCCUCCGAUCUCCGCCCUCUCUCCGCCGCUGAUGUUCCCGUAGACGAUGUUCCUUCAGAAGAAAGACGACGCACCUCUUCUUCUUCCACUCCUGAUGAAUCUCUCCGUCAGGUCAUGUACCUAAGCUGCUGGAGCCAAGGCUAGUUCUACCUCCAUACAUUCAUCACCACAGAUGAUGCAUGGUGACUUGGUCAUGGAUCCGCUUGAGUCAGAAAAAGCGAGUUUCAUUUGCUGAUGAUAAACUGUAUAAUAGUUCAUUGUAUAUUUGUAUUAUAGUCAUCUAUGUUAAUAUUAGACAUGUUCAAGAAGAUCUAGAGCAAAAGUUCGUUUAUGAGAACUCUGUCUUUUGUUUUAAGUAUCAAAACA